ACCUUUGCUGUUCCACAGGUUGCACGAGUUGCAGAGAUCUCUACACACGCAAGCAGAACAUCGUCCGAAAUGGCAACUGAGGGGGAUAAACUCUGGGGAGGAAGGUUUGUUGGAAGCACAGAUCCAGUCCUGGAGAUUCUCAACUCCUCCAUUGCCAUUGACAAGAGACUGGCUGAUGUUGAUAUUCAGGCGAGCAUGGCUUACGCCAAAGCCUUGGAGAAGGCCAGCAUCCUCACUAAACCUGAGCUGGAGAAGAUCCUGAGUGGCCUGGAAAAGGUAUCUAUGCAGGGUGGGUCUGCUCUCCUGGGGAGCCUCAUGCUUAUGCUUCAGAUGCACUGAUAGCAAUGCCCCUCUGGUCUACAGGAGCUGAUUGGAGAUGUUGCUGGAAAGCUGCACACUGGAAGAAGCAGAAACGAUCAAGUUGUCACUGACUUGAAGCUGUUCAUGAAGAAAUCCAUCUCUGUGGUGUCCACUCACCUGCUGCAGCUCAUUAAGACCCUGGUGGAACGUGCUGCCAUAGAAAUCGAUGUUAUCCUCCCUGGCUACACCCACCUGCAAAAAGCUCAGCCCAUCAGAUGGAGCCAGUUCUUGCUCAGCCAUGCUGUUGCGCUGACCCGGGACUCUGAGCGCCUGGGAGAGAUCAAGAAGAGGGUCAAUAUCCUGCCUUUGGGAAGCGGUGCCCUGGCUGGAAACCCACUGGACAUCGACAGAGAGCUGCUGCGCAGCGAGCUGGAUUUUGCUGCCAUCACCUUGAACAGCAUGGAUGCCAUCAGUGACAGGGACUUUGUAGUGGAAUUCCUCUUUGUUGCCACUCUGCUGAUGACCCACCUUAGCAGGCUGGCUGAAGAUCUCAUCAUCUACAGUACCAGCGAGUUUGGCCUUGUGACCCUCUCCGAUGCCUUCACCACCGGCAGCAGCCUGAUGCCUCAGAAGAAAAACCCUGAUAGUCUGGAACUAAUCCGUGGCAAAGCUGGACGUGUGCUUGGACGACUUGUCUCUAUUAUCAUGGUUCUCAAAGGACUUCCGAGCACCUACAACAAGGAUCUGCAGGAGGACAAGGAGGCUGUCUUUGAUGUGGUGGAUACCGUGACCGCUGUGCUGCAAGUCGCCACUGGAGUCAUUUCCACCCUCCAAAUCAACAAGGAGAAUAUGGAGAAAGCUUUGACCCCUGAAAUUCUGUCCAGUGACCUGGCUCUCUACUUGGUUCGUAAAGGAAUGCCAUUCAGACAAGCCCACACUGCUGUUGGAAAAGCCGUCCACCUUGCUGAGACUAAGGGCAUCACCAUCAACAAUCUCACUCUGGAAGACCUGAAGAGCAUCAGCCCUCUGUUUGCCAGCGACGUGUCCCAGGUCUUCAGCAUCGUCAGCAGUGUGGAGCAGUACACAGCCCCAGGAGGCACCGCCACCCAGAUCGAGCAGCUGAGGGAGCUGCUCAAGAAGCUGAAGGAACAAGCUUAGAGUGUGGGGAGAUAUCCCGUGUAUGCAGCUUUGUGCUUAUCCCACUGGUCUGCAGUUUAAAUAAACACC